AUGGCUGACUUAUACUCUGGGCCAGGCCAGGACAGGAAGAGGAAGGCUUCUGGCAUUUGUGUAUGGGCCAGUAUUGAUGCAAGCACUGCAGGAGCCCUGACUCCACAGCAUGUUUGAGCUCAUUCCUCUCCAGCUUCUCUGCAGUUGGGAGCUGUUUGUUCAUGGACACUGAACCCCACCAGAGUAGUCUGUGGCCCAGCAGCCACACCCACAGCUCAGUAUCGGAAGUCUUUCGAGAUACCUGAUGAUGUACCUCUGCCAGCAGACUGGGAGAUAGCAAAGACAUCUUCUGGUCAGAGAUACUUCUUAAAUCAUAUUGAUCAGACAAGAACGUGGCAGGACCCCAGGAAGGCCAUGUUCUUUCAGAUGAAUGUUACAGCCCUCACCAGUCCUUCAGUGCAGCAGAAUAUGAUAAACUCAGCUAAAGCCAUUAACGAGAGAAUCAGUCAGAGUGCUCCAGUGAAACAGCCACCACCCCUGGCUCCCCACAGCCCACAAGGAGGCGUCAUGGAUAUUGGCAACCUCAACCAGCAGCAACAGAUUCCACUGCAGCAAUUGCAGAUGGAGAAAGAGAAAGUGCAACUGAAAUAGCAAGAACUACCUUGGCAGGAGUUAGUGUUCUGUAGCCAGUUACCAACACUGGAGCAGAAUGGUGGGACUCAAAAUCCAGUAACUUCCCCUGAGAUGUCUCAGGAAUUGAGAACAAUGAUGACCAAUAGCUCAGAUGCCUUUCUUAACAGUGGCACCUAUCACUGUCAAAACAAGAGUACAGACAGUGGACUAAGCAUGAGCAGUUACAGUGUCCCUGACAUCCCCAAUGACUUCCUGAACAGCAUUGAUGAGAUGGAUACAGGUAAUACUAUCAAACAGAGAACUCUGCCCUCACAACAGAACCAUUUCCCAAACUACCUCGAAGCCAUUAGUGGUACAAAUGAGGACCUUGGAACACUGGAAGGAGAUGGAAUGAACAUAGGAGAGGAGUUGAUGCCAAGUCUGCAGGAAGCUUUGUGUUCUGACAUCCUUAAUGACAUGGAAUCUGUUUUGGCUCCUACAAAGCUAGAUAAAGAAAGCUUUCUUACAUAG